UACCCUAUGAUCCCUCGUCACCACUCCUUCCACCUCCCCCACCGCCAUCGCCAUUGCCGCCGACGAGGAAGAGGAGAAGCUUCGAGUGGAGCGAUCUCGAUGGACCCGUGCCCGUUCGUGCGGGUGCUGGUCGGCAACCUCUCGCUGAAGAUGCCGGUGGCGCCGCGCCCCGCCGGAGCCGGGGCCGGGGUGCACCCAUCCACCUCGCCGUGCUACUGCAAGAUCCGCCUCAACAAGCUGCCGUACCAGACCGCCGACGCGCCGCUGCUGCUGCCGCCCUCGCCGGAGGCAUCGGCGGCGCCGGCGCCAGCGCCGGCGACGGGCGCGCUCGCCGCCGCGUUCCACCUCUCCAAGGCCGACCUCGACCGCCUCACCGCGAAGCCGUCGCUGUUCGGGUCGCGCACGGCGAGGCUGAAGAUCGUGGUGUACGCUGGCCGGAGGGGCACCACGUGCGGCGUCGGCGGCGGCUCCGGGAGGCUGCUCGGGAAGGUGGUCAUCCCGCUCGACCUCAAGGGCGCCUCGGCGAAGCCGGUGGUGUACCACAGCAGCUGGAUCUGCAUCGGGAAGCGCGGGCGCAAGCCCUCGUCGGUGUCGGCGGCGAACGCGCAGCUCAACAUCACGGUGCGCGCCGAGCCCGACCCGAGGUUCGUGUUCGAGUUCGACGGCGAGCCGGAGUGCAGCCCGCAGGUGCUCCAGGUGCAGGGGAGCAUGAAGCAGCCCAUGUUCACCUGCAAGUUCUCCUGCCGCAGCAACAGCGACCUCCGCUCCCGGUCAAUGCCGGCCGAUAUGGGGAGCGGCGGGCGCAACUGGCUGACGGCGUUCGGCUCCGACAGGGAGCGGGCGGGGAAGGAGAGGAAGGGGUGGUCGGUGACGGUGCACGACCUGUCAGGCUCCCCGGUGGCGCUGGCAUCAAUGGUGACGCCGUUCGUGGCGUCGCCGGGGACGGACAGGGUGAGCAAAUCCAACCCGGGGGCGUGGCUGGUGCUCCGCCCGGGCGACGGCACGUGGAAGCCAUGGGGUCGCCUGGAAUGCUGGCGCGAGCGCGGCGCGGGCGCCGCCGCCGGCGACAGCCUCGGGUACCGGUUCGAGCUCGUCCUCCCCGACCCAACCGGCAUGGGCGUGGGCGUGUCCGUGGCGGAGUCCACCAUCCCGGCGUCGAAGGGCGGCCGGUUCGCGAUCGACCUGACGGCAACGCAACAGUUCGGGCGGAGCGGGUCGCCGGCGUGCAGCCCGUGCGGGAGCGGCGACUACGGGAUGUGGCCGUUCGGCAGCUGCCGCGGGUUCGUGAUGUCGGCGGCGGUGCAGGGGGAGGGGAAAUGCAGCCGGCCGGCGGUGGAGGUGGGCGUGCAGAACGUCGGGUGCGCGGAGGACGCGGCGGCGUUCGUGGCGCUCGCCGCCGCCGUCGACCUGAGCAUGGACGCGUGCCGGCUCUUCUCCCACCGCCUCCGCCGCGAGCUCUCGGCGUCGCGCUCCGACCUGCUCCGGUGAGGCACACGAGGCGGCGGUGAAUCGAUCGAUCGAUCGGAAUCGGGAACAACAUUGUACAGCUAGCGCUAGCGUUCGUCGUCGUCGUUUUCUGGUCUCUGUCGUUUUUGUUGGGUGAUCAGAUUGUGUUGUGUUUUUUAUUUUGUUUUUGAAAUCACUACUCGUGAUUUUUUUGUGGUUUUUUUGGGUGGUGAAAUGGUGAUGAGGGGGUUUGUAAUUUUGGUAGACUUCUAGGUGCUUUUUAAAGUCUAGAAGCAGAGGAGGAAGCAGAAGAAGAAGAAGAGCAAGUUCGGGAUCAUGAUGAAUGAAUGAACAAGUUAUAAAAACUUUUCGUGUCUA